ACCAUCUUAAUGUAGUUUUACACCUCUUUUCCCAGGUUUCUCUCUGGAGCUCUGGUAUCAACAGGUCUCCAUUACAAGUCAAAGUACUGCACCGAAAAUGUUACUCAACUUAAAGUAUGUGUCCAUAUUAAAGGUCAUCAGUGUCCUGAAUCCAGACCACAUUAAUGUGGUUAAGUUCUUCGAGCGAUUUGAAUAUAUGGGACAGGACUGUCUAGCAUUUGAAAUGCUGGACGUGAGUCUCUAUGAUCUGUUCGAAGUACGAAACUGGAAGUCUCUGUCUUUGAGGGAGAUCCGACCAAUCGCAAAGCAGCUGUUGGUGGCCUUGGACGCCCUGAAGGGUCUCGGUAUUCUGCAUACCGAUAUCAAACCAGACAACAUUAUGUUUGUUGACAAGAAGGACCAGCCCCUCAGAGUCAAAUUAAUAGACUUCGGUGAAGCCAUUCCAGCCUCGAAAGUCCGACUUGGGCUGGAGCUUCAGCCGACCGGUUACAGGGCUCCUGAGAUAUCCCUUGGCUUUCCCUUCACCGAGGCUAUAGAUGUGUGGGGAGUCGGCUGUGUCCUGGCCUUCCUCUACCUCGCUCAAAACCUCUUUCCUGUCGACUGUGACUAUCAGAUGGUAGGUCAUCUACCUCAGACAAAUGUCCAGAACCAAGUGGAGACUUCAUGCAGAAUAUGA